AUGGCGAUUGAUUUGAAGCAAGUUAUGGCGGCAUUUUUAACUUUCUCGAUGUUUGUUAUGCUUGGGAAUAUGAUAAAAAAGGACCAUAUAGAUCCUCUCUGGGAAUCACUUCCGCAAGCUCCGAUCAUUAAGCCUGGCAAUUUUCAGAAAAUUUCGAAACCGAGCGUGUUCCAAUUGUCGGAAGCCAAGUACGGUCCUUGGCAGGAACAAGACGAACCUGUUCAAACCUGUUGGAAGAAGCCUACUCUCAAGGGAAAACAUCAGUCGGAUGGCUACGUCUUCUUCUCGUUGACCGAUGGCCCAGAAUACCAUGCGGCGCAGGUGGCAAAUGCCGUUUUGGUCGCAAGGAAGCUCGGGGCAACUCUCGCUCUUCCCGACAUCAUUGUGAAGAAGUCAGGGAAAAAGAGGAGUUUUUCUGAGGUGUACAACUUGGACAAAUUUCUUGUGAGCCUCAGUGGUGUGGUUCGGGUCGAGAAAAACCCGCCCGCCAAGCUUUUGAAAGGGCGGCUACCUAUCGUCCAGGUUCCGAACCAAGUCUCGGAUGAAUUUAUAUCCUCAAAAAUCAAACCUGUUUACUUAAGCAAGAGGAACUUGAAGAUUGUCACAUUGUUCAACUCCUCUGCGAAGAUAUCCAAAGCGUCUGGUAAUCAGCAGUCGAACGCUUACCAGUGUUUGGCGAUGUUCGAGAGCCUGAGGCUGCAGCCAUGGCUGCAGGAGCUUGCUGAUUCCAUGCUCGGGACAUUGAGGAGCCUCAGCACAAAAAUUGGCGGCCGGUUUUUGGCUGUGGAUUUUCAAGUUGCUUGCAACCAGAAAAAUUGCCUUACCACACGAGAAAUCGGUAUGUUUCUUGCGAAAAUCGGGUUUCAUCCCAACACGACCGUAUACCUGACCCAGCCCGGGUGGCACAACAAUCUGAAUGCUCUACAGAGCAUUUUUCCCAACACUUUUGUGAAGGAUGCAAUAAUGCCGGCUGAUGAGAAGGCGACGUUUUUGGACAUGAGGAGUCGAGGCCUUGAAAGAUACAUUGACUUGUACAUUUGUGCGCAAGGAGAUGUUUUUGUCCCAAGUUUGCCGAUCGGAAGAUUCUAUGAAAGUGUUGUGGGGCAAAGAGUUGGGCUCGGGAAGACCAAAAUCUUUGUCCCGUCAAACAACGCUUCUAUAUCGGCUGCCGACAGUAUUUCGCCCGUGGAUCUCCCUGGUCGACAGGGGGCUCGUGCUGGUUUGGCCGACGAGAGGUUGGUGGCGAUGCUCCGCAGGCUCCGUUUGCCACUUUCGAUGGUUGGUGCAAGGUUUGGCGGUGUUACCUCCCCCUAG